GGGGGCGUGGCCUCGCCCUCACGUGACGCUGCGUGGCGGCGCACCCGCCAUCUUGUGUUGUUGGGUUGAGGAGCCGCCGCGGCUGUGAGGGACUCUCCGCCCGGGAGCGCAGCCCAGCGGGAGCGCCGCGGUGAGCCCCGCUUCGAGCACGCCCGGCCCUGUCGGGUUACACUGGCCGAGGAAGGAGGGAGCUCCGAGCCUUCCCCCGCGCAGGCAGCAGGGUGUUGGGAGCAGCGGUGACCGGCAGUGUUUGACUGGAGAGGCCUUGGCAGGCUGAAGAGAGCAUCGAUCAGAAUUGUGUACGUUUGGUAUUGAUCCAAGACAAGUAGUUUCAGUGUCAACAGAGUACUUAUGGCUCUUUCAGUUCUCUGUGAUUGCACUCUGAAUUGGGACAAGGUGUAGGUCAAAAGGAGGCAUUGCCAAGUAGUGCUUCUGGAAUAAAAAUCCACGUUUUCCCCAGUAACAUUCAGUUCAACGUUCGUGGUGUGCUGCUUUUACUGUAAUUCUUGAAUAUCUGUUUGUUUGGAUGGGCGGGGAAAAGACUUUUGAAUUCUGAUUAUCCUCUAACUUCUUACUGCUCAUUUUAUUUUCUUGCUUCAGGAGCUGAUUUGGGCAAGUUCCUGGAAAGUUCACACUUUUUAAAAAAGAGGAAUAGAACAGGAAAAAAUGGCAGCAGAAACUCAGACACUUAACUUUGGGCCUGAAUGGCUGCGAGCUUUGUCUAGUGGCGGGAGUGUGACAUCCCCUCCUCUGUCUCCGGCUUUGCCGAAGUACAAACUAGCAGACUAUCGCUAUGGGAGAGAAGAAAUGUUGGCACUUUUUCUAAAGGAUAAUAAGAUACCUUCAGACCUUCUGGAUAAGGAAUUUUUGCCUAUUUUACAAGAGGAGCCCCUGCCACCACUGGCACUUGUACCUUUUACAGAAGAAGAACAGAGAAAUUUCUCGAUGUCUGUAAACAGUGCUGCUGUCCUGCGGUUGACGGGACGUGGAGGAGGAACGGUGGUAGGGGCUCCUCGAGGUCGAAGUUCCUCUAGAGGUCGAGGCAGAGGCCGAGGAGAAAGCGGUUUCUACCAAAGAAGUUUUGAUGAAGUGGAGGGUGGAUUUGGGCGAGGAGGGGGCAGGGAAAUGCACAGAUCACAGAGUUGGGAGGAAAGGGGAGACAGACGCUUUGAAAAACCAGGGCGAAAAGAUCCAGUGAGACCAAACUUUGAGGAAGGUGGGACAGUGACCGCGGGGAGGAAACACGAAUUUAUACGCUCUGAGAGCGAGAACUGGCGCAUCUUCAGGGAGGAACAGAAUGGGGAAGAUGAGGAUGGAGGCUGGCGACUGGCUGGGUCACGGAGGGAUGGGGAGAGGUGGCGUCCUCACAGUCCAGACGGCCCUCAUUCCGCAGGCUGGCGGGAGCACAUGGAGCGACGGCGGAGAUUCGAGUUUGAUUUCCGGGACCGAGAUGACGAGCGGGGCUAUCGCCGCGUGCGCUGCGGCAGUGGCAGCAUGGAUGACGACAGGGACAGUCUCCCUGAGUGGUGCUUGGAGGAUGCAGAGGAAGAAAUGGGCACGUUUGACUCCUCUGGAGCAUUUCUCUCUUUAAAGAAAGUGCAGAAGGAGCCAAUACCAGAGGAACAGGAGAUGGACUUCCGGCCUGUGGAGGAAGGGGAAGAAAGGUCUGAUUCUGAAGGGAGCCACAAUGAAGAAGCCAAAGAUCAUGAAAAGACCAAGAAAGAGGGGGAGAAAACAGAAAGAGUAGUGGCAGAAGCAGUGGAAGAAGCAGCUCAGGCAUCAUCUCCAGCUGCCAGGUCGGACACCCCACCGAAGUCCCAGCCUCCAGACCCACUGCAGACAAACCUAUUUGAAAGGAAGGAAGAGACUGUGCCAGAAAGAACAGAAAAAACAGAAGAUAAAGAGAAUCGAGUGGAGAAUACACUGUCAGCCAAAAUGCCCAACAGAGGGGAAGAUUUGGCUUCUCUUGCUCAACCUUUGCCACAGAUUUCUGCAGACACAGCUGCUUCUGCUCAUCUUCCUCCUCCUGUUUCCAAUUCAAAUCCUGCUCUGCGGCCAGUUCAAACACCUGUUACAGCUGCUCCAGGCAUGGGCAACAUUCCUACUGACCCAGAUGAUGAAGAGGGCCUCAAGCACCUAGAGCAGCAAGCAGAAAAAAUGGUGGCAUAUCUGCAGGACAGUGCCCUUGAUGAUGAAAGACUAGCAGCAAAAAUCCAAGAGCACAGAGCAAAGGGUUCCUCUAUGCCUCUGUUCCAUGAAGCCAUGCAGAAGUGGUACUACAAAGAUCCACAAGGAGAAAUUCAGGGUCCGUUCAGUAAUCAGGAGAUGGCAGAGUGGUUCCAGGCUGGAUAUUUUACGAUGUCCCUGUUGGUGAAGAGGGCCUGUGAUGAGACUUUCCAGCCACUUGGAGACAUCAUGAAAAUGUGGGGCAGGGUUCCCUUCACUCCAGGCCCAGCACCACUUCCACAUCUGGGUGAGCUGGACCAAGAGCGACUGACUAGACAGCAAGAGUUGGCUCUGAUCCAAAUGCAGCACCUGCAGUAUCAGCAUCUUUUAAUACAACAACAGUAUGCACAGAUGCUGGCUCAGCAGCAGAAGGCAGCCCUCUCAUCCCAGCAGCAGCAGCAGCUCGCUAUUCUCCUUCAACAGUUCCAGGCCCUGAAGAUGAGAAUAUCUGAACAGAACAUGAUGCCACCUGUUACAAGGUCUGUGUCAGUGCCGGACACUGGCUCAAUAUGGGAACUUCAGUCAGCUUCACAGCCUACAGUCUGGGAAGGAAGCAGUGUCUGGGAUCUGCCCAUUGAUACUGCAGCUCAGGGACCAGCUCUAGAACAGCUUCAGCAGCUCGAGAAGGCCAAGGCUGCAAAGCUAGAGCAAGAGAGGAGAGAAGUGGAAAUGAGGGCCAAACGAGAGGAAGAGGAGAGGAAAAGGCAGGAGGAGCUUCGGAGGCAACAAGAAGAGCUACUUAGGAGGCAGCAGGAAGAUGAGAGGAAACGACGGGAAGAAGAAGAACUGGCCCGCAGGAAGCAAGAGGAGGCCCUGAGGCGACAACGAGAGCAGGAAAUUGCACUAAGGCGGCAGCGGGAGGAAGAGGAGAGGCAACAACAGGAGGAAGCACUUAGGAGAUUGGAGGAGAGAAGAAGAGAGGAGGAGGAAAGACGUCAGCGAGAGGAGUUAAUUCGUAAACAGGAAGAGGAGGCCGCCAAAUGGGCGCGUGAAGAGGAGGAAGCUCAGCGGCGGCUGGAGGAGAGCCGGCUGCGCAUGGAGGAGGAGGCGGCCCGGCAGCGGCUGGAGGAGGAGGAGCGGAAGCGCAAGGAGCUGGAACUCCAGCGCCAGAAGGAGAUCAUGAGGCAGAGGCAGCAGCAGCAGGAGGCUUUACGGCGGCUGCAGCAGCAGCAGCAACAGCAGCAACUUGCACAAAUGAAGCUCCCUUCAUCUUCAACAUGGGGUCAGCAAUCAAAUUCAGGAGCUUGUCAAUCCCAGACCACACUGUCAUUGGCUGAAAUCCAAAAGUUAGAAGAAGAACGAGAACGGCAGCUCCGAGAAGAGCAAAGGCGCCAGCAGCGUGAACUAAUGAAGGCCCUCCAGCAACAGCAGCAGCAACAGCAGCAGAAAUUGUCAGGCUGGGGUAAUGUCACCAAACCAACAGGCACCACCAAGUCCCUGCUGGAGAUACAACAGGAAGAGGCAAGGCAGAUGCAGAAACAGCAGCAACAGCAGCACCAGCAGCCAAACAGAGUCAGAAAUACCACGCACUCUAACCUCCACACCAGCAUUGGGAAUUCAGUGUGGGGCUCUCUAAACACUAAUCCCAGCAACCAGUGGGCAUCUGACCUAGUCAGUAGCAUCUGGAGUAAUGCCGAUACCAAAAACUCAAACAUGGGUUUCUGGGAUGAUGCAGUGAAGGAAGUGGGACCUCGUAACUCGACCAAUAAAAAUAAAAGCAAUGCCAGCCUCAGUAAAUCUGUAGGUAUUACAAGUAGACAAAACAAGAAGGUAGAAGAAGAGGAGAAGCUGUUGAAAUUGUUCCAGGGGGUUAAUAAAGCCCAGGAUGGAUUCACUCAGUGGUGUGAACAGAUGCUUCACGCACUCAACACAGCCAACAACUUAGAUGUUCCCACGUUUGUUUCUUUCCUGAAGGAAGUGGAGUCUCCCUAUGAGGUCCAUGACUACAUCCGAGCCUACCUUGGAGAUACUCCUGAGGCCAAGGAGUUUGCCAAGCAGUUCCUCGAGCGCCGUGCCAAACAGAAAGCCAGUCAGCAGCGGCAACAGCAGCAACAGCAGGAUUCAGUGUGGGGGAUGAACCACAGUUCGCUACAUUCAGUCUUUCAGACCAAUCAGAGCAACAACCAGCAGUCCAACUUUGAGGCUGUGCAGAGUGGGAAGAAAAAGAAGAAACAGAAAAUGGUUCGAGCAGAUCCCAGCUUGUUAGGGUUUUCAGUGAAUGCUUCAUCAGAGCGGCUCAAUAUGGGAGAAAUAGAGACUUUGGAAGACUACUGAGCAUGUGCAAAUCAACUGGCUUUUCCUGCAUCUGUUAACCAUGGAUUCUCCGUUCGGACAUCGUACUCUCCACCUUGUGUUGUUCUUUGCCUCGCAGUGAAUCACAGGAUCAAUCAUCUCAGGCUGCUUCCUCUGGCCCCAGCAAACCCUUUCUGCCCAGGACUGCACAGGCGUUGUUCCUACUGUCAGCCCACUCAAGUGGACUUGGUUCAGAGUCCCGGGAGGGUGGGAGUUAGGCUUUGUUUCCCAACAAGGCUGAAUUGGGCAGCAAGCUUUCACUGUGCUGUGAUUCAUUCUGCUGACAUACCUGGAAAAAAAUCAAUUGGGAUUCUGCAAAGCAUUGCUUCCUUCUCCUGGUUACUCUUACCACAUCCAACAUGUGCAGUCAUAUGGAGAGAGAGAGAGAGAGAGAUUGAGAGAGAGUUUGUGGUUAACAGAUGUUGGUCAAAACCAAAAUGCCACACAGAUACUGACUUGGCUGCUCCAUCAGGGCAAGAGGUGCUCUCCUGGCCAGGAGCUACAUUCAUAAGCUACCCUUAGAAACUGGCAACAGGAGAGGGGCGGUAGCGGGCACAGAUUAGCUUGGGUUGGUUUGAAGUUGCACACCCCCUGCCAGCCCUUCUCAGCACAUAAUUUUUGGAGGGAAAGUUCAAGUCUGUCUUCAUUAGGUGGUGAUGCUGAAGCUGGUGGAGUUCCUGUCAUCGGCAUUCUCCAGCCUUCCUGGACAAGUGGGGACUUCUGCUCUGGAAAAAGGGGGGUGGCAUCUCUUCUUUCAGGCUGAAUUUACCCCUUAAGUGCUACCUUCAGAGGGUUAGGACCAGUUUAUUUUGAGCUCUUUUCCUGCAAAUUUGUCUCGUUUAAGAGACAGUGGGAUCUUUACAGUGUGGAUCUGUAGUCUCUGGAGAGGGUGGACCCUAGCUUUCAGAGACAUGCCAGCAGCCUCAGCUGGUUGUCACUUGAAGCAGUGCUUAGGUAUCGAGCAGAGAUGCCCUUUCGUCAUGGAGAGAGACACUGGAGGAUGAAGCUUUGUGCAAUGAUGGCCCUGCUUAUCUUCUACACCUUAAAAGUACUUCAUGCACCUUCACUGGGAUCCAUAACAUCUUAGUGUUUAUGGAGUCAUAACCUUCCUCUCUCACCAAAAGAUUAACACCACCUUCCCUGCUCCACGUAACCACCCACCCCCCCACACACACCGCAAACGACAGAGAAGGAAAACUGCCAAAUGCACUUAGUUUGAACCCCCCUGGUCCCAUCUCCCAUCCCCAGAGGGGUGUAACCUGCGAAGGGAGAUAUGCUGCAGUUUUGGUGGAGUUGUAUAAAGGUGUCUGUUAUUCUGUCAUCACUGCCUAAAGAAAACAGUUUGAGUUGCUCAAGAGCAGUUUGGCUUUGGAUUUUAUUUUGUUUGGUUUAUUCAUUUUUUGGGGUCACCUUCCCCUCCUCCUCCUCUCUCUUCCCCCGUCCCCAAACAUGUACAGUAACUAUACAGAGACUGCUGCAGACUUGUAUAUAGUUUUUGGAUCCAAUAGCAUGGAGAGACUUGGAACUGUUGCAAAUCUGGUCUCCCUGUCUCCUUUGCUUUGUAAAUUCAUAAAAGGGGGAAGAGGGGUAGUUAAAAUGUUUACAAAACUUUAAACUCCCUCUGAACUUUUGCCAGUGUGGGGGGGGAAAAAAGAGAGAAAUAAAACCUGGUUGUAUUA